AAAUAUUUGCUAGGCAAACUGCUCGGAAAGGGAGGUUUCGCGAAAUGUUAUGAGAUGACCGAUUUGAGCACCAAGGAAAUUUUUGCCGGCAAGAUCAUCUCGAAAAUUCGAUUGACGAAACCAAGACAGAAGGAAAAGAUCUUGCGGGAGAUAGACCUACACUCGGGCCUCCACCACCCUCAUAUCGUCGACUUCCACACUUCUUUUGAAGAUGAGUGCAACGUUUAUAUCAUUCUGGAAAACUGCAGUAGGAAGUCGCUAGUUCACGUCUUGAGGAUGAGACAGACGUUAACCGAGCCAGAGGUUCGGUACUACAUCAGGCAGCUGGUUGACGGCAUCAGGUACAUCCACUCGCAACACGUCAUUCACCGGGAUCUUAAGUUAGGUAACAUGCUCUUAAACGAGCGAAUGCAUGUUAAGAUUGCAGAUUUUGGCUUAGCUACGAGGGUUGAAUUUACUGGAGAGAAAAAAAUGACGGUUUGUGGCACACCAAACUACAUAGCUCCCGAAGUUCUACAAAAGAAAGGGCAUAGCUACGAAGCAGAUAUCUGGGCCAUUGGCUGCGUUAUGUAUGCCUUACUGUGCGGCAGACCUCCUUUUGAGACCCACUCUUUGAAGGAAACGUACAUCCGCAUAUCCACGAACCGCUACCAAAUCCCCAGUCACGUGACUCCCAACGCUCGGAAGUUGAUAACUCGUCUGCUCAAUCCAGUGCCUCAAAACCGUCCAUCCCUUAGUCAGAUAGCUACUGAUGAUUUUUUUACACUUUCCUUUACGCCAAAGUACCUGCCGACUUCGUGCUGCGAGGUUGAGCCCAAGUUUGUCAUCAACAAGAGUAAAACUGAUAGCGAGGUUCACAGCAAAUCUAAACAAAUCUACAACAAAGAAAUACAACAACAACAACAACAACAGCAGCAGCAACAACAACAAUAUUAUUACGUAGUUGACGAACGACGUGCUAUGAACAUGGAUGAUUUGUUAGCUCAGUCAGUAGAGGUACCAUGUCUCAAUUUGCUCUGGGUUACGAAAUGGGUCGACUAUUCGAAUAAAUACGGUUUCGGUUUUCAAUUGUCGGAUCUGAGUGUCGGUAUCCUGUUUAACGACACGACGAGGAUGGUCCUAUCUUCUGACGGAAAGACGCUGACUUACAACGACCUUAGCAACCAGACAUUUGUAUUUUCGACAACUGCCUCGCCAAUCGAACAGCGCAAAAAAGUUACCCUGCUUCUCUACUUCAGCCAGUACAUGGAAGAACACCUCAUUCACGGAGCCGACCUUCAGCUCGGCCAGGCCCUCGCAAAAAUAAGGGGGAAUGUCUUCAUGAAGAAGUGGUUCAGGACUGAUAAAGCAAUUGUCAUGCAUCUUAGUAAUGGGACAUUGCAGGUAAACUUUUUCGACGACCACACGAAAUUGAUAUUAAGCGUUGAUGGGCAGGACUAUCUGGCCACCUACGUCGACGGCUGCCGGCAGUCGACCUCCUACAAGAUCCUCUCUGUCACCAAUUUCGGAUGUCGGAACGAGAUAGCGGAGAGAUUGAGAUACGCGAGGAGAAUGCUGGAGAGUGUAAUCAAUUUGGGAGGGGAGUCAGUCUGAUUGGGUGGAUAGGGUUGGAUGGAUAGUUGGAUGGAUAGUUUGAUUGAUAGUAAGAUGGAUAGUUAGAUGGAUGGUUGGACAGAUAGUUGGAUUGAUAGUUAGAUGGAUGGUUGAAUGGAUGUAGGAUGUAUGGAUAGAUGGUUGGUUGGAUGGAUUUAUGGUUAGAUGGAUGGAUAGAUUGACCGACCUAUGAAUGAAUGCAUCGAUGAAUGAUUGGUUUAUUGGUCGAUUUUGGCUCAUAGAUACCUAACCAAUGAUGAUUCGUAAAUAAAUAAUCAAUUGAUAAGUUAAUAUUAAUUAAUUUAAAUGGAUAA